AUGUCGUUCGAUCUGACUAGAAAAGAGCCCCAACAGCCAACGGCCCCGAGCGCUGGUUAUAACGGAAACGGCGUGGCGGUGUUGCCGAGCAUGGCGACGACGCACCGGCUACGGCUGAACCCUAAUACGGAGCACAAUCCCGAGACCUACGAGGGUUUGCAGUUGGAGUUCAGUCCGCUUCUGUUCAGCUCCCUGGAACGUUACUUGCCUCCUCCGAUGCUCUCACUCUCUCGCGACUCCAAGCUUAAUUACAUGCGCGAUAUUAUCCUUCGUUACUCUCCUGAAGGCGAACGUACUCGCGUUCAAAGGCAUCGAGAAUACAGGCAAAAGAUUAUAUCACACUAUCAGCCGCUGCAUAGGGAGUUGUAUGCCAUGCAUGCCUCUAACUUCUUUGUCCCCUCAUUUCUCAAAGCAAUUAAUGAGAAUAAAGAAGAAAGUUUUAGAAGUAUAAUGGCAGAGCCUACUCUUGGGGUUUUUACAUUUGAAAUGCUUCAACCCCAUUUCUGUGAAUUGUUGUUGUCUGAGGUAGAAAACUUUGAAAAAUGGGUCCAUGAAACAAAAUUCAGAAUCAUGCGACCAAACACAAUGAACAAAUUUGGCGCUGUUUUAGAUGACUUUGGUCUGGAGACCAUGCUUGAUAAGUUGAUGGAGGACUUUAUUCGACCUAUCUCCAAAGUUUUCUUUUCUGAUGUGGGUGGAUCUACGCUGGAUUCUCAUCAUGGUUUUGUUGUUGAAUAUGGAAUUGACAGGGAUGUUGAGCUUGGUUUCCAUGUGGAUGAUUCAGAAGUCACCUUAAAUGUUUGCUUGGGUAAACAAUUUUCUGGAGGAGACUUGUUCUUUCGAGGUGUUCGUUGUGAUAAACAUGUCAAUACAGAAACCCAGUCAGAUGAAAUUUUGGACUAUUCCCAUGUUCCAGGACGGGCAGUUCUUCAUCGUGGGCGCCAUAGGCAUGGUGCAAGAGCCACAACAUCUGGUCAUCGGGUCAACUUACUUUUGUGGGGCAGAAGUUCGGUCUUUCGAGAGCUGAGGAAAUAUCAGAAAGAUUUCUCAAGCUGGUGUGGAGAGUGCCAACGUGAGAAAAAAGAAAGGCAGCGUCUUUCAAUUGCUGCUACGAAACAGGAAUUACUGAAGAGGGAAGGAAAGCCUCCGACUUGAACUGUGUCUAUUUUGAAACAAGUUUUUGCUUGUGGAAAUUGUAAAAUACUAGGAUUCUUGUCAUUGUGACACAAGCAAAACUAUUUUUCCUAUUUUGUUAGUGAUAUGCGCUAUUGCCAAAAAAUUGGGUGGGUAAAGAUGGAAGGGUGAAUGGUCUUGUGUGUCUUCAUUGUACUUCAAUGCUGUACAUACACAUGUUGUCUUGGGUGUCCAGUUUAUGAGACAGCUACAACUACAACUGAACUAUGUUUUUAAGAUAGUGGCAGUAGUUUCUUCUGUUGUUGGUUCCAACAUUGUUUCAAACAUCUCAAGCAUCUUAAAACUGGUUGACAAGGUUGUCUUGUAAGUAAACCAUCAUGUCGAUUGAUGAGGCAUGGGGGCAGAAUGAGGAACUUCAUCAGGCUGCCAUUUCAAGUAGUAUAAAUUUUAUAUGCUUCAAGAUUUA